CACGCGUGCGACACUUUGGUAUAUAUGCUGUUCUCGAUACAGUUAACGUACGCGCCAGCGUGGCUUGUGCUGCUACUCAGGUGUGGCCUUCCAAGCUCCGACCGCCUUACUAUUCAACAAAGUUGCAUCCUUCAAUGCAUCUAAACCGGAUCAUCUAUAGCCCAAGUGGCAUCUACAGCUGGCAUUCGCCGCCUUGUAAAAGAGCAGCUGCUGGGCGUUCCACCUUCGCUGGAUACGCUAACAGGAGCGAAGUGGACAGCCACAGGCGGUAUUGCAGCCCAAGCGCAGCUUUCCGUGCCCCUCGUCGCAUAACCUCACCACCAACUGCAGCAGCAGCAGGCGAUAGUAGCGGAGGCGGAAACGCAUUUGGCCAAGACUCGCCUCACCUCCAGCAGCAGCAUCGACCCCACCACCACACACCGCUGAACCCCCGGUCUUUCUCCGCUUCCCCAAUCGGGCCUACCUCAUUUGCCUCUUCUCCACUCUCCGCCCUGCCAUCUGGGUUCGCUUCUACAGCACCUGCAGCGGCAACAGCAUUAGUAGCCGCUACCCCCACCUGCUCCACCUUAUUGUCAACGAGUUGUACGGGAUCGUCACCAUCAUCGUCCGUACCAGUUCUAGCCGUUGGGGGUACCGUACUCCGUACCAUUGAUUCUGUGAUCGCAGCAGCAUCCGCUUCGAGGGCGGCGAUCCGUACGAGUACGGCGACAGCUGCACCUGCUGCUACCAACCGUGGUACGGGAAUAGCCGCGUCGUCGUCGUCUGCGGCUUCAGUGCUUACCGUUGGUACGGCAGUUACAGCUGACAGUGCUAGGGCGGCCACUGUCGAUAUUCCGCAGACGGAAGGUACGAGAGGAGGCAACGAAAGUGCGAAGGGCAACGGAGUCGAGGUCGGGAGCCGUACAGACGUUGGCAGUGGCAGCAACAACGUUAGCUGUGGUAGCAGCAGCAGGAGCAAUCACUUCCAGCAAGCAGUAAGUGCUAGCAUGGACGGAAAUGGUGUAGGGAACAGCAGCAGCAACGGCCUUUGCACAACAACCGCUGCUGCAGCCGCACCUCCCACCAGCAACGCUACCGCCGUGGGCGUCAGCGUCGCUAGCGGCGGUGUUCCGUUGCUUGUGGUCGUUGGUGUCGUACUUUUGGACGAUCCGGAGUACGACAUGAGCACUAACUGCGGCAACAACACUAGCAACAACAACAGCGGCAACAGCGGCCGCCCCGUGCGGGUGUUGUUGGCCCAGCGGCCGCAUGGGAAGGCCAAUGCGGGGCUGUGGGAGUUCCCGGGAGGCAAGGUGGACCCCGGGGAGACGCCCGAGGCGGCGUUGGUUCGGGAGUUGCAUGAGGAGUUGGGCAUUACCGUUGACCCCAACGACCUCCAACCGCUCACCUUCGCAUCCCACACCUACCCUACCUUCCACCUCCUCAUGCCACUGUACGCCUGCCGCCGGUGGCGAGGGGAGCCCCGGGGGGCCGAGGGGCAGGCGGUGGCAUGGGUGACGGCGCCAGACGUCAUGUCGUACGAACUCACGCCUGCUGACGUUCCACUCGUACCUGCCGUGCUGGCUGCCAUGCGGCUCGGAGACAAGGGCACCUCACAGCUGCGGGCUUAGCGAAUUGUCGUACAGGUCAGGAACGGCCUGUAGGCUUGGCCAUCACCGACCGUACUGGCUGUCAUGUGGUAAAAUGGAACCGGUAACGGCUCCUCGCAGCGAAAGCAGCCGUGACUUUGUCGCACGGACAGACGUUCGGCUCUGGUAUCAGGCUUGACAUGCCAUGAAGCAAGCUAUGUCUCCGGCGCAAGAGGGAAUGGGAGGAAGCCUUCUCACCGUUGCAUAAGGCGUUGGUCUUUCCCUUCACCGCGAUCCUUCGUUUCCUAAGAACCAGAUAUUGAAGCUGAUGAAUCCGCCCCCUUCUCGCUGUCGUGCAAACAGUAUGUUCGGAAAGUUGGUUAAUUGGCUGAAGGUAUGUGCAUUGCACUGAGCCCUCAGGACGCCUUCGGGCUUGCAUUGCUUGAAUUUUCACUGCGGAGGUGUUGUGGGUGAGCCAUUAUUGUUAGGUAUUGGUGGCGGCGGCUGUCGCGGCUUACUGUACGGACGCAACCGUACGGACGCGACCAAACGAUUGGAGCGUGGGGCUAGCGUGGCACAAUGCUGAUGGUGGGACCUCACCAUGUAACAUGAUA